AUGGCGCUCAUAUCGGCGAAAACAAUCCUGACCUCGCUCUCCCUCUUCCACAUCACCCUGGCCUACUUCUUCUUCACGAACCCGAGCUCCAUCGCGGAGCAGACGCUGGUCUUCGUUCUGGGCGAGUCCAUGGGCAUGCCCCGAACGACCGCCUUCGACAUCCCGACCCCCACGACCUCGGUCCUGGCCGUGGCGCUGCUGCUGCUGGGCCUCAGCGACAUCCUGACGCUGUCGAUGCCCGAGGAGAUCUGGCUGGUGCACCACUGGGGCGCGCAGGCGCCGCUGCGCGUCUUCGUCUUCAGCCUGCUGACCGUCUUCGUCUUCGCCACGACGCCGUCGGGCGGGCGCGCCGCCCCGGGCCGCAUGUCGCACCCGCUGGCCCCCGGCGGCGCCCGCUGGGAGGGCGGCGGCUGGGACGGCCUGCGCAACCGCGUCUUCUUCACCCUGGCCUUUGUCGAGAUGAUGGGCUGGUUCUGGGUCUGGGUCACCCUGCGCGAGGAGAGCCGCGUCUUUGCCGGGCGCAAGAGGAGAAGGAGCUCGGCCGCUGAGAAGAGGGCGGCAUGA